AUGCGACACCACUACCACUACCUCCACUCCAUCGCCGACAUCUACUCCGUGCGAUACCACGACCACUACUACUACUACCUCCACUCCAUCGCCGACAUCUACUCCGUGCGAUACCACGACCACUACUACUACUACCCCGUCGCCAACUUCAACUCCAUGCGAUACCACUACCACUACCACUACCACCCCAUCGCCAACGUCAACUCCAUGCGAUACCACGACCACGACCACGACCACGACCACGACCACUACCACCCCAUCGCCAACGUCAACUCCAUGCGAUACCACGACCACGACCACGACCACUACCACCCCAUCGCCAACGUCAACUCCAUGCGAUACCACGACCACUACCUCUACCACUACUACCCCGUCGCCAACGUCAACUCCAUGCGAUACCACGACCACUACCUCUACCACUACUACCCCGUCGCCAACUUCAACGCCAUGCGAGACUACCACUACCUCUAA